AUCAGCCCCCCCUUCCCCUUUCUUUCAUUUUCCUCAUCUAUAAAUAGUCCUUUCUCAUUAUAUGAAUUCCCAUCAGCUUGAGAGUUUUUCAUUUUGAUCAUACUAUCAAUCAAUGGCUAUUCCUAAAGUCUUUGUUGCGUCAAUCUUUCUUUCUUUGCUGCUCCUCCAUCAAGUCCAAGCUAUUCACUCCAACAAACUGACUAGCAAUGCCGUAUCAGAAACUUCAUACAAACCGAAAAUAAACUGUGGAGGAGCUUGUGCAGCGAGGUGCAAAUUAUCAAGAAGGCCAAGACUUUGCAAAAGGGCAUGUGGGACUUGCUGUGCAAGGUGCAACUGCGUUCCCCCUGGCACUUAUGGAAACUUGGAGUUCUGCCCUUGCUAUGCUAAUAUGACUACCCAUCAUAACAAGCGAAAAUGCCCUUAGAGAUCGAGUCUAAACCGUACAUGAAAUCUUGUAUUUAGACCUUUGUUCUCUUCUUGCUUCUUCGUUUCUUUCCCUUCUUUGGUUUACAGUCUUGUAUUAUUAUUGAUUUGCGCUUUGUCAAGAUCUUUGUAUGUGGGACAAUAAAUGUUUGUUCUUGGUACUA